AUGUGUUGUUUCACGCGGAAAAAGGUCUCUGUGGCAGCCAGACGACAUCGUCCCGACCCGCAGGCCAGACCGUCACCGCCCCAGCCAAACGAACCUCACUCGUCGGUGGAGUCGCCGGAGCUGGUAACCUGCAUAUCUAGCAGUAAUAAGAUGGAGUAUACUGGGAAAGAUGGGCCGGAUUCGGAUGAAAGAAAGGUUGGUGGGAUUGUUCCUGAUAUACUGAUUAGCUAUUAGGUUGAACCAAAAGUAGCGGGACACUUUAGUUGGAAAUUAAAUGAAAAGUGUCCCGCUACUUUUGGUUCAAUUUUUAAAUAGAUAUUAAAAUAUUUAUGUUGUAUCUAAUUAAAAAAUUGAAUUUUAAGCCAAAUCUUAAAAUUUUUUCAAAAAUUUUUCUUUUUGAAAUUUAAAAUUUGAGUCAGUUUGAAGUUUGUAAGCUUAUAUUUUGGUCAAAAUUCAAAUUUUCAAAGUGAUUUGAAUACUUUUAACAAAAAACCUUUCAGAAACGAAAAAUCCUACAGUACAAGAAGCGAGACGUCAAUGGGAAGACCGUGGACGAAGAUGCAGAAAGUAUUACAGCAGCGCUAAGAGCUCGAGGGCAUGAAGUUGACCGAAAACAAAUUGAGACAGUUCUUCAUAGGAAAGUCGGGAAUCAGAAAAUCACCGCCAAAAUCAUGCCUGGUAGGGUAAAAAUUACUUUCUAUAUCUUAAAACAGCGAUUUUUUGAUGAUGUUAGCAAAAAGCCUAGUAGGUUGUUCAAAUAAUUCUGUGCCCUGGUUAAAGCAAAUUUUUUGGCCUUGAAGGCACAGAAUUAAUUAAACCACUUAAUGCAUUUUUAAUUCAUAAAAUUUUAUUUUUAGCCUUGGAACUGCGUUUUGUAAAACCAUUUUUUUUGGCUAAAAUACCAAAUUUGUAGUUACAGUAAUCUCUCUAUAUAGUGAAUCAUCUGUAUAAGCAACUCACCUUGUAGUAAACAAGAAAUUUGGCCCGUCAAGUCAAUUUGCACUAUAAAGUCUCUCUGUAAAGACAUCACCUUUUAUAGUAAACACAAAAUGUCGGUCCCUUCUGGUUGCUUAUAUAGAGACACUACUGUACAAUUUGUUUUACAUGUUUGGCCGCACAGGUCAAAUUUUAAAAGUCUUUUUGAUUUUUUAAAAAUUUUUAUGCUAAAAUUCACCUUUAGGCGACACAAUAUUCGAGUUGCCGAGUAGGAAGAAGAAAAAGAAGGGUGCAGAAGAAAACAAGAAAAAGGAUGACGAUACUGAUAGAUCUGAAGUUAUGGUAAGGUUUUGUAUCAAAUUUUUUAAAAAAAUGGGCAAUGCAAGGCAAUUUUAAGGUGGAGUAGAUAUUAUAUAAAGAUGAGCCAGACCGGUUUGUCUAGCUCAGCUUCAUGCAUUUCCUGAGGUUUCACUAACUUCAGGUAGCCCCAAACCAGGGCCCACGGGGUCGAGCUUAGGUCUCGAAACGAAAGAUUUGACUUGCGAAACACAGGGGAAUUAAACAAGUUUUUGAAAAUUUUAAGCUUUACUUUACUUUAUACAUCAACGAUCAUAAUUUUUAAAUGAAAAUACUGUUUCAGAAAACAGCAGAGGACCAGCAGGAGCCAGAAGAAGUGUUUGAAGAUCAGGAAGGUGACGAUGUAACCAGCGAAAACUACAUGUUUCAUGACAGCGAAAUACGCUAUGUUACCCGAUUGAUGAUUCAAGAAUCCGAUGUGGCCCACGUGCUUGAUGGAAACACUCCAGAGGAUAAAAAGGUAUGAUUUUUGAAAAUUUUUUAAUUUUAAAAAUUUCAAAAAAUUUUGAAAUUUUUUUAAAGAAAAAGUUGAAAAAAACUAUGUACACGCCUUUUUUAGUACUAUUUUAGCUUAUAUGACGAAGAGUCACAAAAUGCGGCGAAAUGUCACAAACUUUAACGAAGUGUCACAAAAGAUCACGAAAUGUCACAAAAUUUAUUGGAUAUUUUCAAAUCAAGUUUUUGGCCAAAAUAAUAUUGCCAUGUUCAUAAAAGUGCCAUAAUUUUAAAAUUUUUACAUAUCGAUUAUGAAAUUUAAAAUAAUUUUUCAGAUUUUCAAAGACAUGUUAAACCUUAUACCUACCAUACCAUGGAAUCCUUACCGUAAGGUGGAAGAAAUGACAGGAAAAGUAGAGAAGUUUGUCUUUAACUGUGACUACCUUCGACGCAACUCUUUCCUAACAAUGACGACGACAGGUGCCAGAGGGGAUAGGCCUAAAGUUACUCGGAAGAUCACUAGGUAAGUUUAUAUUGUAUCAGUCUUUCCCGAAAAGAAUGUUACAAAACUGCACAGUGCAGUUUGAAGGAAUCGCUGUCGCGCCGAGAAUUGGGCGACAAGCGACAAGGUCUGCGACAGUCGCUUGCACCCGGCGACAUCCCAAUGGAAAUCGCAACGUCGCAAGUGCAAAGCUUUGCGACAAACUGUCGUGUCGCGCUUCGAAUGGCGAUGCGACAGUGUGUCGCGGUUGUCGCAACGCUCAAGCCACAACUGUGUUCAAUGGAAGGAUUGCGACACGUUUUUUUGACUGUUGCAAGUCAUUGAAUCCUGCGACAACCGACCGGUGCGGCACUGAAGGGAUUGCACUGUGCAAUCUUUCCUCACAUCGUUGGCUGUAUCGUGUGAUCGCGCGGGAAAUCUGCACUGUGCAGCGGAAUUAAAAGGGCGCGAUUUUCUCGGGGACUGCACCGUGCAGCUGUAACAUUCUUUAGUGGAAAGACUGAUAGUAGGUCUAGGUAUAAAAUAGUCUAACAUAUUACGAUUUUUAAUCAUUUUUGUGCUAUGGCUUUUAUGAAAAUCCAUUUAAAGUGUCAUAUGUCACAUAAAAUAUGUAAUUUUACAUAAAUCAUGUCAUAAUUUCAGCAAAGUAACGCUAUCCAAGAAGAUCCUGCCCCUGUCCGAGUUCCCAACCCCAUCUCAAGAUAUUAAAGAAGCCGACAUUGAGGACGAGGACGAGAAGUUGAAGAAGGCCUUGCUGUCCCUCAAGUCCAAAAAGGAGCUGCGAUCAGUCAAACUCAAGAAAGACCAAGGAACAGUCAAAGAAAAAGGCAGCAAACACGGGAGCAAAAGGCUGGUCAAGAAAUAA